AGCCUGAUAGAACAAAAAAUGCUAAUAAGUGCAUUUGGAAAUAAGUUUAUAUUGAUAUUGCGAAUAAUUUUUAAGUAUUUAUUUAAACCAUACAUAUUUUAGCAAAUUGCAAUACAAGUUUCUACUUAUCUCCUCUGAUCCUUUAUGUACGGAAAGAUUAAAAAGAGAGGCGCAGUUGAAAGGAAUUGACAACUGACAACGGCCAAUACAAAUAUGGAAACAAACUGUUACCGCCAAUUUCGCUAUUUCCCUUCUCAGAUUAACUUUCUUUUCCAAAUUUCCAUUUCCUCUCCAAUUUCUAUUCCCUUUUUCAAUUUCUCCGGCGACUCUCCGGCGUCGUAUGGCUUCCGUCCGUUUAUCUUCGUAUAAUAAAGAUCUCCUACUUUGAGCUGAAGAACUUGUUGGAUGCAUGGGAUGGCUGUUUUAGGUUGUCAAUUGGAUUGAAAUCAGAUUUACUUCAAUGUACAUAUCAUUUCAUUAACAUGGUUGGAUAUUUGUAGUAUAGGCAGGAGAGUUAGUACAUGGUUGGAUAUUUGUAGUAUAGGCAGGAGAGUUAGUUUGCUAAAUGAGAUGAGGAAAUUCUUCCGGCCAAUAAUUGUUGUUCUGUUGUUCAGAGUUAACUGGAGGAAACUGUUUGUUAUAGGCACUAUUUUAACAGUGUUUAGGGUCAUUUUUCAAAUUUCCACACUCCCUAAUCCUUUGACUGAAUGGGUUGUAUCUCCACCCUUGGAUGUUUCAUCUUACCAACACUUAAAUCGUGGAAAAAUUUCGAGGGAACUUUCAGUGACAUCAGAUAACCAGUUGAAAAUGAGUAGGCAUUUGCCCACAGUUGUUUCACUCCAAUCUACAGCCACAACAAACCGAUCAAUGCGAGCUAUGGAAAGACGAGAAAGACUUCUUAGGCGUAGGAGACGUAGGAAGCAUGCACGCGUAGUAGAAAAGAUUAUUUAUCCACCUCCACCUGUUGUGCCCGAUCACUUGCAGAGAUUUAUAGCUUCUUUGACACCAAAUGAGGCACUUGCAUAUGCUAAAAGUGAGAUUGAGAAAGCCCCUCUGCUCACCAAUGAUACAGACUUGUAUGCUCCGCUGUUUAGGAAUAUUUCCAUCUUUAAGAGGAGUUACGAGUUGAUGGAACUUUUACUCAAAGUUUACAUUUACAAAGAAGGAGAAAGACCUAUUUUUCACGAACCUCAUCUUAUGGGAAUUUAUUCAUCUGAAGGAUGGUUCAUGAAGUUGAUGGAGGAAAGCCGUUACUUUGUCACCAGGGACCCAGAAAAGGCUCACCUAUUCUAUCUGCCAUAUAGUGCACGUCAGUUGCAGCUGGCACUUUACGUACCUAACUCACAUAAUCUUAAGCCGUUGUCAGUAUUCCUGCGCGACUAUGUUAAUAUGCUAGCUGCAAAGUACCCGUUCUGGAAUCGCACACAUGGAACAGAUCAUUUUCUAGUUGCUUGCCAUGAUUGGGGACCUUACAUUUUAAAAGAACAUGAGGAGCUAAUUAGAAACACUAUAAAAGCUCUCUGCAAUGCAGAUAUAUCUGAAGGAAUAUUUAAAGCUGGGAAAGAUGUUUCCCUUCCGGAGACUGCCAUAAGGAACGUUCAGAAGCCGCUUAGAAAUCUUGGAGGAAAAAGAGUGUCACAACGCCCGAUUCUGGCCUUUUUUGCUGGAAAUAUGCACGGUCCAGUCCGUCCCAAACUUCUCCAGUACUGGAGUGACAGAGAUGAAGACAUGAGGAUCUACGGGCCUCUACCCAAUAGAGUCUCAAGAAUUAUGUCUUAUCCUGAACACAUGAAAUCAAGCAAGUACUGCCUUUGUCCGAUGGGCUUUGAAGUGAACAGCCCAAGGAUCGUCGAGGCAAUAUACUACGAGUGUGUUCCAGUGAUCAUUGCUGAUAAUCUUGCCCUCCCAUUUGACGAAGUGCUCGAUUGGAGUGCUUUUUCUGUGGUUGUUGCUGAGAAAGAUAUUCCUAAGCUGAAGGAGAUUUUGUUAAGUAUAUCUCUCAGACGGUAUUUGGUCAUGCAAAAUAAUGUCAAAAAGCUGCAGAAGCAUUUCCAUUGGAACUCAAUACCUACUAGAUAUGAUCUGUUCCACAUGAUUUUGCAUUCCAUUUGGACUAGCAGGCUCAACCAGCUUCAAAUAUCACAGAUAUCAUAAUCCCUCUAGUUCAAAGUGCUCUCAACUUGCCCGUCUACUCGAUUGAACAGCAAUAUGAACCAUAAGGGCUCUUUUUGACAUUUAUAGGCCGAUAUUUUGAGGAUUGCUGGUGACUAAUUCUCUUCACUUGUGCACUCUUGAAAUGAUAUGAGGUACUGAAAGCUUUUGCCACUUCAGUAGAAAUAACACAAAUGAACAUAUCUUUAUUGAUAAGACCAAUCUCUUUCUGAUGGCAGAGGUUUCAUCGAUUGGUUUUUCCUGUCCGUGCGUAUCUCUUUUCCAACUUCAGUCUCUGCUGCGAUUCAGGUAGUACUCAACAGAGGUGCAAGGCUUACAGGUCCCAAGUUUUGCAUAUGCACAUUACAGCCGGAGGAGAAAAGAUAUUGCAGUUAAGACUUUGUCUCAUGUCAUCAGCAUUUUCACACAUUUUCCCUAUUUUCACUGUUCCUGAGCCGAGGGUCUAACGGAAGCAACCUCUCUACCCUCAUACGUUAGGGGUAAGGUCUGUGUACACACUACCCUCCCCAGACCCCACUUGAGGGAUGGGUUUGUUGUUGUUGUUCCCUAUUUUCUCAAGGUUUCCGCUGAAGUUGAAUUUUCUUCAGUACAAACCAAGUUAUCCGUAGAUGAUCCUUGAUUUUUAUUUUCCAGAAGAUACUCUUUGAAAUGAGCUGGGAGUUCAUUCUCAUACAAUUCUAAAGUUAUAGUAGUAUAUAUAGAAAAGGAAUUUACAUUUUUAAAUAAUGCUCUAAUGUCCUACACACCAGACCCCACACAUAGGAUUAUACUGUGUUGUUGUUGCUCUAAUGUCUUACACAGUAAGUCUGGAGAAUAUUCAUCUAGUUGGUAAUUGUAUUGAAUACAAUGUAGAAUAUUCAAGUAUACCGGGGAGAGAAAUUCCCAUCUACUUUUCUGCUGUGAAUAUAUGUACAGUGUAUAUUUUUUCAGUAAUUACAAGAACAAAUAGU